AUCACACUCCAGCGAACGGAGUGCAAAUUACAAGCAGACAAGGAGGUGUGCACUGCCUCAGAGUCACUAAUCCUGCCAAUACAGCAGACGACGCGCAGCAAUUGACUAAUUGACAGAAAGAAAAUAUGCACCGAGUGUAGUUUGACACACAAGGAGGGUGCUGCCUGCUCUCCGCCAACAGAUACCUCACUAACUGACCUUGCUACAGUACAAUAAGAAAGUGGAAAUCGAUAAAAACUUUUGGCUCGUGGAUAGUGAGUUAGAACAUCGAGGAACAGGAAAUUACCACAGAGAGCAGUGGAAAUGAGUGGCAAUCAAUAAGAAUAUCUGCAAAAUUUCUAAGCUGAAGGAAAUGGUUUUUUAAUGUCUUCUGUGGAUUUGUUUCGCCGACGAUCUUGAAUGGGAAAAAAUGAGGAAUUACCAGUUGGAGACAAAGGUACUGUUCAAUAAAUUAUUUGCCAUUAUUUCUCAGUGAGAAGUGAACGAACAUUAAAAGAAAAACAUACAAGAAUUUAUAAUUUCCACGCUUAAAAAAUUGGUUCUGGCACAUCAUCCCAAUUGAGCAUAUUCUUAUACUUGGUGGAAUGAGUCACAGAUUUUUGUAAAUAUUAAAUUUCCAGCACAUAAUUGGUCAGAAGCAUGGAUGUAUUGCAGGUAUAUAUUAUGGUUAUGCUACUGUGCAUGAAGAUUAAUCCUAGUAUGGAGGUAAGAUUCCAAACAGAGCCCCAGGAAAUAGUGGAAGGGGAAGAAGGUUCAUCCACGAUCCUUGCUUGUAUCGUGACCGAUCUGGAUAAAAAAAAUGAGAAUGUAACAUGGAAAGUUAACGGCGACAUUAUUAGUAAUGGAUCACUGAUUAUAAAUGAAGACCAGAGAGAUAAAUACUCAAUAUUAACAGCUAUAAAUGAUAUACAUCAUACAAAUAAUCUUAUGGUAAAAAACAUUGAAAGAAGUGAUGGAAAGAACAGCUACAUAUGUGCUGUAACAUCAAAAUUGAAAAAAGAAAUAAAACACUCGCAGGUGGCUAAAAUCAAGGUUUUUGAGAAACCGGGAGAGCAGUAUCCAAAAUGCAUCAAUUUAAGUAACAAAAAGAAGUACAAAGAAGGAGAGACGCUCAAAAUAGAAUGCAUCAGUGAAAAUUCACAGCCUAACCCGAAACUUACUUGGAAUCGACAAAACAAAAUGCUCAAAUCACACAUGACAAAUAUAAAAAAUAUAUUAAGAAUAACAUACAAUAUGACACUCACACGGAAUGAUAACGGUGCUAUCUACUGGUGUCAGCUAAGAAUACCGGAUAAUCCAAAGUUUGAAAGAAACUGUUCGAUCGGCCCAUUUCAGGUGGACUACAAGCCCAGUGUACAACUUAAUAUUCCCAAAUAUGCUAUCAAUGAGGAAGCGAUUUUUGUAUGCUUUAGCUCGGCUAGCCCUUCAAAAGUCAUGUACAACUGGACAAUAAUUCCACCAAUUCGAGAGUACGGCAUUGAAAACAAUGGCCAAGUUUUACGUUUGUCACGUGUACUCAGGAGCCACGAAGGGACGAUAGUUAAGUGUAAUGUUCAUAAUGAGGUUGGUCAAGGGAGUGAUGAGACCGUCAUUAUUAUUGAUGAUGAAGACUCGGAUCUCCAGGACUACCUUCCUGAAACCUCCCAAAAUAGUAACGAGCAAAAUCAAGCACAAUACACUGAGCUUCCGGCAGCCACGAUCUUAUCAGUUGCCGGGGCCAGUUUACUUCUUUUAUCAUUAAUAAUGGCGAUUUUGCUGUGCUAUUUUCAAGUUUAUACACGUAGCCAUGCUAUAGAUUACACAGGACAGCGCAUUCCACAACCGGACGUAUAUUUUGAGCCUAAAGAUAGUCUUCAUUCACCGUUUGCAGGUGAAGCGACACCAUGGAAACGGUCAGUCGGUGUCCAAGUAUCCGGUGAUAGCUCAGAGUCAUCAUAUACAUAUGCUGAGAUUGAGGAACGAAUGAAACAAAGACUGUCGGCUUAACAUGGUAUGUGCGCACUUUUUCAACAAAACUGAAUUGAAUAUGAAUAGAUAACAAGAAGCAUAGUAGCAUUUGCUAAAAAUUUAACAGUUUUUAAAAUUCAAUUUUAAAUCAUUUUAUAUACUGUAUACUACUUUGACAUUGGAAGUUGCAUUAUAAAAUAUUACAUUACCAACUAAGUUUUAUAAUUAAUUGAUAU